AUGCUUCAACCAGUCAUUGAUUCACUGGUUGAAAGCCUAUGUAUUAAUCCAACGAAUUGUCGAGCUACAACGUCAGCUUCAGUUGACUCUUGGGUGCAUGAGAAUUGGUUUGCUUCAAAAUUACGGCCACUCGCUUCAAAUUUUCUUUUUGGUCUUGCCUCUCAUACUCCUGUGCUAACAAAUGAGAAAGAUUUUGAAGAGUUUGCACGAAGUGAGUUAUCAAAGCGCUAA